AUGGCCAAUCUAUCAUAUGGUCGCGGCGGCGCAGGCAACAUGGCGCCUGCAUCGCCCAAUCUUCCACCCACCGAUCUCAAAACCCCGACCAUCAAGUCGCAAACAUACACGACCGGAAGAGGAGGCCAGGGCAACAUGCAGCCCAACGUACACCCAGACAUCACACGCCAGACCCAAGACGUCGAGGCGCAUCCCCGCGCCGGUCGCGAACCCGAGAAGAACUUCCAAUGGGGCAGAGGUGGAGCGGGCAACACGGCCUCUCUGAGCAAGGACCAAAUCGUCGACAUCAAGGAGAGAAACGCAUCUAGACAGCGCGCCGAGGAAGCCGCUGCCGCUGCCAACCCUCCUGCAUCUGGAGAAUCCAUGGACCAGAAGCCAAAGAAGGAGACCAGAGCAACUGUCGUCGGCCACAUGCUCCAGCGCGUCAUGAGCAAGGGACAGUAA